UUUAUUGCAUGUCUUUAAAUCUUUUCCAAAAUCCAGAAGGAAGGAAAUUGCUACAUGCUAAAAGCAGUAAACCAUGCUUUUGUCAAAUGGGGGGGGGGGGAGAGAAAUAGUCUUUAGGUAGCCACGUUAUACCUUAUAGUUUUCAAUAAGGUUUAAUUUUUGAUUGUUUUAAGAGCUAACUCAGAUGCUGAGUGCUAAUCCCUUUUAGCAAGUUAGUUGUGGGUUUCAGCAACAUCGGUGGGUAGUGAGCAGCCGUCAUAGUUAAUUAUAGCUUAGGUUAAUUACAUGUGUUAACUAUAGUUAAUUAUGUUACAUUUUACUAUACUUCAAAACUUAAGGGUUGGUCUUAAAUCCCAAUAGGGCUUGCCAUGUGCAACAUUUCUAGUAAAUCUUUUUGUUUUGAUGUGAGCAAUUAGAAAGUUUAUAAAGGAUGAACCAUCCAGCUGCUCCUCCCUUUGAAAAGUCAAAGUUCAUGCAGAAUAGAAGUGGUUGGUACUUUUAUACUUCUGUACUGACUAUAAGACAUUUGGAUAAUGUUUCCCUAAAGACUCGUGCUGCUGUCUAACUUACAAACGAACCCAAGUAUCAUUUGUGUGUAAAUGAUGGUGUCCUUUUCCUAAAGUCAGAUAGAAAAAAAAGUAAUUCUAACUGGAAACUUUUUUGUGGGGGGGGGGCGGGGGCGCGAUUACAGAGUUGUUUGUAAGCUAUUCAAGAAACUUUAAAUGCCAUUACAGAAAUGAUACAGUUCCACUUUGUAUUAAGCCACUAAUAGCCACUCUUCCCAACAAAGCCAAAUCUUCUGGCACUCACAGUAUCACAGUCUCAGGAGACAAUAGCUCAGAAAUAGUGUUUUGCUGGCCUUGGAGCUACUGAGUGCUGAGUAAUACUUAGGAGAAGGAAAAAGAGCGAGCUCCUUGGAUUAAAAUCUGAGAGAAUGUCGCCAUAGAGAAAGUGGUGACUGGACACUGGUGGAAUUCUCAACACCUCAUCGGGGUGCUGCUACAUAGGUUUCAGUUUUCAUUUCUGCUUUGGAAGAGCUCUGGAAAGCUUGGGCAGAAAUCAUUUGAACACUCAUAGAUGCGCAGCGCUUUUGUAACCAGAGAAGGACAUUCUCUGUUAAUGUUGAGACUUAUUUGAUGCUCAAAGCCUUAAGGAUGGCCUCUGGGUAAUGGUGAGUCUGAUUCUACAUCUCUACCCCACUCUUCAGAAGCGUGUCAGUCAUUUGGUAACUUUUGAGAGCUUAGAGUAUGUUGUAGAUAUGUUCUGGGUAGUGACUGGUGUUAUCUGACAGAUUAAUAAAAAAAUAAAAUAAACACUAAAAAGCAACACCGGAGAAAAAGCUUCCAUCCUCACAGCAAAGAGCAGAGAGACGCAGGGAUUCUGGUCAACCCCUCGUAGCGCUGCAGUUUCUAGUUAUUUACCCUUCCUUGCCUAAGGAAUGGCCAGCAGCCAACCAGCACUGCAGCCUCACAAUAUCUUGCAACUUGGAGUAGGGUUAAACCGUGUCGGGGGCCAAGUGGUACUUUUGUGCGAGGGUCACGUGAGACCAAGGCUGACUGGGAGAGGCAGAGUAGGGCUGAGUGGAUGAAGGGAUUCCUCAGGGACUUCCAGGCUGAGGGGUGGCGUCUCUGCAGGACAGCGCGGGGCAUCUCCAGGCCGCCGGCUGCGCCGACCUGUCCCUUUAAGGGGCCGGUCUCCGCGUCCCUUUGGCCGCGACGCCCGGACGUGCGGAGCCGCCCCGCCCCGAAGCCUCCCGUUUCCUGCGGGGCGGUGCGACGGCACCUGAGCUACUGCGGCGGGGCCUCGUAGCACGCUGACCCGGAGGUAGAGCUCGCGUCGCUGCGUCGUCCCGGCCUGGUUCCCGGCUGCGCAGGGUGAGGAGCAGGGCCGGGGACUCCGGUGCGCUGGGGCGAGGGGUUGGGAGAGCGCUCGCCCGGUAGGCCUCCGCCCGGGGGUCGCAGUGUGUAGCGUCCGCCCAGGCCGCGCCGCCGCUGGCUCGCUCUGAGGAGGUUCCGGCUCCAGGGUUCCGGCUGGGCGAUUUCCCCACGGCCGUCAGGUCCGACCCCAGCUCCGCGAGUGGCCCGAGCUCUUGGGCCGUCUCCUCUGAGGGCGAGGUCGGCCCGACCGGGCUGCGGGGUGACCGAGGAACCUAUUUUUAGCCCGGCUCGCAGGCCCCGGGGCUGGCGGGCGGAUUAAGGCUCUGAAGAGGGUGACCGGAGGGAGCGCCACGCCUCGGGCGCCUGGGCCCGGGGUGGGCCACAUGUGAGCGGUGCUGGAGCGGAUGGCCCCUCGCUUGUCCCGGAGUGCGGCCCCUCCCACCACCAGGUUGUAGAGUUAGGGGGAAUUCUGCGAAGUUCUCCCUCUCUCCCAGGGGUGUGUCCGCCUUGUUGCCCAACAAUGGAAUUUGGGACGUCCCGGAUCUAGCCGCGUUCGGGGUAAGGAAGCCGAAUUCGGCCUUCGAGACCGGAGCAAGGAGGAGCAGCGUCCCUUUCUUUGUCCCGCUGCAUCUCGGUUUAGGUUAAAAAGUGCGCUGCUUAGUGUCUUCGGGUCCUUCUAGGAGGAAACCGGGAUUCUAACAGCGUGGCUUCUGCCAGAUAUGGAUUCUUAAGCAUCUAUGUGAAUACGCGCAGCUUCAAAAGCUGCGGCUGAACAGUUCAAAGUUUUGGAGUGUUUUGAGAAAUUUCCUCUCCACACCCAGAGUCUGCGUACGUUCACGUUAAGAGGAGACUAUGGAGCUGCACGAGUCCACGUAUUUCGUUGUCCUUAUCCCUUCAGUAGUUAUUACUGUCAUUUUCCUUUUCUUCUGGCUUUUCAUGAAAGAAACAUUAUAUGAUGAUGUUCUUGCAAAACAAAAAAGAGAACAAAAGUUGAUUUCUACGAAAGCAGAUAAAAAGAAGGCAGAAAAGAAGAAGAAUAAAAAGAAAGAAAUCCAGAAUGGGACCCUUCAUGAAUCUGAUUCUGAGCAUGUGCCUCAGGACUUUAAAUUAUCUGAUGCCUCACCUGUUGAGGAUGAACAGUUUGUACCUGCUCCAUUGAGUGUGGCAGAAACUUCCAGCAGUGUCAGGGAACGAAAGAAGAAGGAAAAGAAACAAAAACCUUCACUCGAAGAACAUAUCAUCAAAGAAAGUGAUGCAUCAAAGAUUCCAGGCAAAAAAGUAGAACCUGUCCUAGUUACAGAACAGCCGGCCCCACCCCCCGAAGCAGCUGCCUUGAAGAAGAAAGCAGGGCAGAAGAAGUCUAAAAAUGGAAGCGAUGAACUAGAUAAAAAGGUGGAAAUGGUGAUGGCACCCUCACAAAAGCAAGACGGAUCACUUUUCCAUCAAGAAACUAAACAAGAAGGCGGACCAGGAAAGAAGAAAGGCUUGUCAAAGAAGCAAAAGACAGAAAAUGUCUUGGUGGACGAGCCCCUCACUCAUGCCACUGCUUCUGUUCCUUCGGUGGAUAAUGCUGACUCAAGUCUCAUGACGGAUAAGAGAGGAGUUACUGAUAUGAUUAAACCUGACCAAGUAGAAGGAAUCCAGAAAUCGGGAACAAAAAAGCUGAAGAUUGACACUGACAAAGAAAAUGCCGAAGUGAAAUUUAAAAAUUUCCUUCUGUCCUUGAAGACGAUGAUGUUUUCUGAAGAUGAGGCUCUCUGUGUUGUAGACCUGCUGAAGGAAAAGUCUGGAGUGAUAAAAGAGGCCUUGAAGAAGUCGAAUAAAGGAGAAUUGAGUGGCCUUCUGCAUCAGCUUCAGGAGAAGGAGAGGCUGCUCACUGCCACGAAGGAAGACGCUGCUGCCACGAAGGAGCGCUGUAAGCAGUUGACGCAGGAAAUGAUGACAGAGAAAGAAAGAAGCAGCGUGGUUAUGGCAAGGAUGAAAGAACGGAUUGGAACCCUGGAAAAGGAACAUAACAUAUUUCAAAAUAAAAUGCAUGUCAGUUACCAAGAAACUCAGCAGAUGCAGAUGAAGUUUGAGCAAGUUCGGGAACAAAUGGAAGCAGAGAUAGCUCAUUUGAAGCAGGAAAACGGUAUCCUGAGAGAUGCUGUCAGUAACACCACAAACCAGCUGGAGAGCAAGCAGUCCGCCGAGCUGAAUAAGCUGCGCCAAGACUGUGGGAGGCUGGUGAGCGAGCUGAACGAGAAGACAGGAAAGCUGCAGCAAGAGGGGGUCCAGAAGAAGAACGCUGAACAAGCCGCCGCCCAGUUGAAGGUUCAACUACAAGAAGCCGAGAGGCGUUGGGAAGAAGUGCAGAGUUACAUCAGGAAGAGGACGGCAGAGCAUGAGGCCGCACAGCAAGACUUACAGAGUAAAUUUGUGGCCAAAGAGAAUGAAGUCCAGAGCCUGCAUAGUAAGCUCACGGACACCUUGGUGUCCAAGCAGCAGUUGGAGCAAAGGCUAAUGCAGUUAAUGGAGUCAGAGCAGAAGCGGGCGAGCCAAGAGGAGUCCAUGCAGAUCCAAGUGCAGGAUAUUUUGGAACAAAAUGAGGCCUUGAAAGCUCAGAUUCAACAAUUCCAUUCCCAGAUAGCAGCUCAGACCUCUGCUUCAGUUCUGGCAGAAGAAUUACAUAAAGUGAUUGCAGAAAAGGACAAACAGCUAAAGCAGACUGAAGACUCAUUAGCAAGCGAACAGGAUCACUUAGCAAGCAAGGAGCAGGAACUUAAGGAUGUACAGAAUGUGAAUUUCUUAUUAAAGGCUGAAGUGCAGAAAUUGCAGGCCCUGGCUAAGGAGCAGGCUGCUGCAGCCCACGAGGUGGAGAAGAUGCAGAAGAGUGUCCAUGUGAAGGAUGAUAAGAUAAGACUGCUUGAAGAGCAGCUGCAGCGCGAAGUUGCCAGCAGAGUGGAAGAGCUUAAGAUUCUGAAUGACCAGAAUAAGGCGUUACAGCUAGAAGUUCAGAAGCUGCAGGCCGUGGUCUCUGAGCAGCCUAAUAAAGAUGUGGUGGAACAAAUGAAAAAGUGCAUUCAAGAAAAAGAUGAGAAGUUAAGGACUGUGGAAGAGUUACUAGAAACUGGACUCAUUCAGGUGGCCACCAGGGAGGAGGAGCUGAACGCCAUAAGAACGGAAAACUCAAGUCUGACGAAGGAAGUUCAAGAGUUAAAGGCUAAGCAGAUGGAUCAGGUUCCUUUUGUGUCUUUAAUUGAAGAUCUUAAGAAAGUGAUCCAUGAGAAAGAUGGACAGAUCAAGUCUGUGGAAGAGCUCCUAGAAGUCGAACUUCUCAAAGUUGCUAAUAAGGAGAAGACUGUUCAGGCUUUGAAACAGGAAAUAGAGAUUCUAAAAGAAGAAAUAGGAAAUGCCCAGCUUGAAAAAGCUCACCAGUUGUCCGUAACUUCUCAAGUCCAGGAGCUGCAGAACCUACUAAGAGGCAAGGAGGAACAGGUGGACAGUAUGAAGGCUGCUUUAGAAGACCUGACAGGGAGAGAGAAGUGCACACAGGUGUGUUCGACACCACGAUUUGAAGAACUCGAAAAUGUAUUGAAAGAAAAGGACAAUGAAAUUAAGAGAAUAGAAGCUAUAUUAAAGGAUACAAAGAGUGACCUUUCUAAGAAAGCAGAGCUGUUAAAGGAAGUACAAGAUGAAAAUAAAUUAUUCAAGUCCCAAGUGGAGCAGCUCAAUCAUCAGAACCACCAACAGGCAUCUUUUCCCUCUCAGGAAGAAUUGCAAACAGUAAUUUCAGAAAAAGAGAAAGAAAUAACUGAUCUCUGCAAUGAGUUAGAGUCUUUGAAGAAUGCUGUUGAACAUCAAAGGAAGAAAAACAAUGACCUUCGGGAGAAAAACUGGGAAGCGAUGGAGGCAUUGGCAUCAACUGAAAAAAUACUGCAGGACAGAGUGAACAAGACUUCCAAGGAAAGACAACAGCAAGUGGAAGCUGUUGAGUUAGAGUCCAAGGACCUUCUCAAGAGGUUAUUUCCAGCGGUGUCUGUGCCUUCUCAUUCGAAUUACAGUGAAUGGUUACGUAGCUUUGAAAAAAAGGCAAAAGCAUGCAUGGCUGGACCCUCAGACACAGAGGCGGUCAAGGUUCUGGAGCACAGAUUGAAAGAAGCUAAUGAAAUGCACACACUGCUGCAGCUGGAAUGUGAAAAAUACAAAUCCGUCCUUGCAGAAACAGAAGGGAUUUUGCAAAAGCUUCAGCGAAGUGUGGAACAGGAGGAAAGCAAAUGGAAGGUUAAAGCAGAGGAAUCUCGGAGGACUAUUCAGCAGAUGCAGUCCUCCUUCACAGCCUCUGAGCAAGAGCUAGAGCGACUAAGACACGAGAACAAGGCUAUGGAGAAUCUAAGAAGAGAACGAGAACAUUUGGAAAUAGAGCUUGAGAAGGCCGAAGUGGAGCGAUCGACUUACGUGAUGGAAGUCAGAGAGCUCAAGACACAGUUAAACGAAACCCAUUCAAAACUUCAAAAUGAACAAACAGAGAGAAAGAAGGUAGCUGAUGAUUUGCACAAGGCUCAACAGUCACUGAACUUCAUCCACUCCAAAAUUUCACUAAAAGCUGCUGGAGACACGGUUGUUAUUGAGAAUAAUGAUAUUUCCCCAGAAAUGAGUGAAGUAAUCGGGAAAUUAUUCGUUAGCAGUUAACAGAAGGCGUUGUAUUAUAUUUUGCCAAAUUAAAGCCUUAUUUAUGUUUUACCCUUUCUACUUUGUCAGACACUGAACAGUUUUGUCUUUUCUAAUCCUUGUUAGACUACUGACUUAAAGAGAAAACACUUUAAAAAGCCAACUCUGUAGACACCUUCAGAGUUUAGUUUUAUAAUAAAACUGUUUGAAUAAUUAGACCUUUACAUUCCUAAAGAUAAAAUAAAUGUGAUCUUUUAUCUUAUUUUGCUCAAUUAAAUUGUUCAGAAGAUCAAAGUGGUAUAGACAAUGUGAAAUUUAACAUUUUAAUACUGAUGUUGUACACUGCUUUACUUAACAUUUGGGAGAAACUGCCUCUGACAUCAACUCAAGGAAACACUUUUGUUGCUAUUAUAAUCAGCAAAUAAAGGGACACUUAUUCAACAUGACUCACUCUAAUUGUCAUUGAGUUUUGACAGGUUUCACUAGUGCUUCAGACUGCUGUCAUUUAAAAUGCAGUUUCUAAUUGUAGUCACCAAACAAGACAAGUCUUAUUGCCUCUGUUGCUUUCUGACUGGUCAUGACUGUGCCAGGUACCACAGCGUAUGUGACAGCAAGGUGCAGACAUUGAGUUCCGUUCACCACGGAGAACUCUGCUUUAUUUCUGCUAUUGCUACUGUUGUUUCAAAUAACAACUGUUACGUUUCCCUCUUCAGAGCCCGUGUCAGCACAGGUUACAUACAGUCUCUUCUGUGUUGGCAGGGGUGUGUGUGUGUGUGUAUGUGUGUGUGUGUGUGUGUGUGUGUGUGUGUGUGUGUGUGUGUGCGCGCGCGCUAGUGUGGGUGCGUGCGCGUGUGUGGUGUUGAGAACACUUCUCUUUAGAUGACAAGUACCUUGUGCCAGUGAAUAUUAAAGUACCUUGUAGUAUUUUGUAAUUUAAAUUUUAUUUUUACGUGCAUGAGUGAUUUGCUUGCAUAUAUAUGUGUGCACCACAAGCUUAUAGUGCCCAGAGAAGCAGAGAUGGUGUUGAAUCUCCUAGAAGAGGAGUUGACAGACUUGUGAGCUGCCAUGUGGAUGCUGGGACCCAGGUCUCCAAGAAAACCAGUCAGUUCUUUUAACUAUUGUGGUAUCUUGCCAGCCCCUAUUGCUAUUUCUCGGACAAAGCAGUCAUGUUUCUAUCACAGAAGCUUUCACUCUGUGUCCCUUCAGUUGAGACCUGUUUGAUUUCGAAGCAGCCUAGGGGAUACACCUGUCAGCUGUGCCGUUGGUAAGUAGAGGCAAGAGGACCAUGAGUUAGAAGGUAGCCUGGGCUACAAAAUAUCAAUCACAGAACACAAGUGGGUGCUUUUGUUUCAAAUGUCAUCAGUUUCCCAGAAGUUAGUGACACUGUAAAAGACAAGGUGUCAGCUGUCUUUGAGUGGUCCACAAGUGAGGGCUGGCUGUGCUGCCCACAGAAUUGAAGCCAGGGCCAGUACUGUGAGGCCUCUCCUGGAUGGCAUGUUAUGCAUAUAAAACACAACUCCCCACCUCCCUAGGUCUGUGUUGAAGACCUGGUCCCCAAUGGGUGACACUACCGAUAGAUGAUUGUAUUAUAAAGCGCUAACCACUGCCACACAUUCACAUUACCAUGAUACUCUGUCAGGCCCCAGCAGUGAAGACAGCCAACAAUGGACUGAAACCACAAUGCAACAUAAGUCCCUCUGUGAUGGAUUUGCCCAGGUUCACUACUGGAAGAAGGUAUAUGGGAGGAGCAGAGGCCACCAGGAGAAGGCUGCCAGUAGUAGUACAGUCACACAGACACUCCGUUAUCUGGGUCCCCAGCGAUGGCCGUGGGGGAUGAAAGGAGCAGACAGUCCUGAUUGUACCCCCAGGGCCCAGUCGGGUGCUGUCUGCUACUGAACUGCAACUGCGGGCAUUGAGGGAAGCUCCACAAAGCAAACGAUACCGUGUUGGCAAAGAAGGCUGUUAACAGAUUGGUGGUAGACUCUGUUUCCCUAGAAAACUAGACCAUUUCACAUUCAUUGGUAGAGUUCUAUUAGAUAGCACUCUCGUGUGUACACUUUAUCAUAUGCUCAAUACAUUAAAAGCAUUGACUGCACUUGGGUAGUUUAUUUUUCACUAGAGUAUAUCGGGGUCGGAAAAGAAUAUGCUUCUAUCAUCCGUUUCAUUGUAGAUAUAGACACUGAGGCACAGAGAAUGUCUCCUAGUCUUGGGUACUCAGGAGAGCCAGUAUUCUGCUGAGUCUGAACCAUCUGGCUCGGGACUGACAUGAGCAUAUACACAUCUACAUGUAUGUUUCCGUGAUUCUGUGUAUGUAGCUGUAGCUAGGGAAAAACAGAAGGUUGUCUAGAAAAAGUGACUUCUAAAAGGAGAGGUAGGUAUUUGUAACGGUUACCACUUUGUCUUUCUCGUUUUCUCUUGAUAUUUCUAAGGGACCGUCUACCUCUGGUGUUUAGACAUGUAUGACAUGUAGACAGACCACUUGGCAUCCUCCUGACCCUUGAUUUCUAGGGAUCUUGAGGGUCGAAACUCCUUUCAUAAGAUACCGUCUGCUGUUUUUACUGUGUGGACGUUUGUGCUGCUCCAAGGAAACGUAACAGACACAACAGGGCCGGCGCACAGGGAACUCACAGGGACUGGCAGCAUCACAAGUUCAAGGCAGAUGGGGUCGCAGUGCUGCCAGGGGGAAGUGGACACCCGCUCUUACUCCUAACCAAGAAGCUACCUGCACUUGAUACCUGCUGGGAAAGGACAACGCUUUCUCCAGCGGUGUCUCCCUGGAUAUCUAAAGCACCCUUUGGGGCAGGCUUCGUGAACCCUGUGGUAGUUUUAUGGAAUUUGUCUUACUUUGCUUUGAGCUUUGUUUGAAUGUAUCUUGGUUUAGUUGUUCGUUGUUUGGAUGGAUCUUGGUUUACUUAGUUGGUUAAUUUUACAGGGCAUGGAGUUAAGUGGGUGCUGAGAUGGGUGGAGCUGGGGGAGGGAAAACAAUCAUGUAUAUUGUAUGAAAAAAGUUUUAACAAAAAUUUUCUCGGUUUUAAUUUUAGUACAUUGAAUAUUGAUCUAAAGGAAUUCUGAGACCAAAAUUAGAGAGUUCCCGUUUUUGCACACUGUUUCUUUCCAGGAGUUUUAAUGACAACCAUCCACACUUUCAAAAAUAUGCAUCUUGUUUUAUAUUUUUAUAAUUUUCAUUUGUUCUUUGAUAACAUUUGUAUAAAAUUUGUUUUUAAUAAAUUCAUUUUAGACUAA